AAACGGUGAUCUAGACAAUCAUACAUAAAUCACCAUAUAUACAUAUAUAUAUGGAUCUGAAUUUGGAUCAGGAUCUAGAUCUGGAUCAAGAUUUGAAUAUUCAUUUUCAAACAAACUACAAAGUAUAUUUCAUAAUAUACCUAUUGAAUAUUUUAGAUCUUGUUUAGUGUCUAUUCUUUCUUUUAAUAUCGUCAUAUGUUCAAAGAAAACUAAUUCUAUAUCCAAAUAUAAAACAACGAGUAACAACUAACAACAACAAAAAGAAAAAGAAAAAAAAUGAAAAAAAUAUUUUAUUUUAUCUUGACAAUUUUCUUUUUACAUUUAUUUCUAAUAAAAAAUUCCAUAGAAAUUCAUUUGAAUAAUACAACACAAAGUUUAUUAUCAUUAAAUACAGAUUAUAUAACCAUCAUGGAUUAUCCAAUACGUAUGUGUGGUAAUGAAUUUUUAAAAAAUCUUAAACGUGUUUGUUCUAUACGUGGAAUUUAUACACCAAUUAAUCGUUUAAAAAGAUCAUUCUCAUCCUCCUCCUCCUCAUCAUCAUCAUCAUCAGAACAAUAUUAUAAUUUAGAAAGAAUUUUACAUCGACAAAAACGUUUUGAUGAUUUAUGUACAUUAUAUACAAUGUAUGAACCAGAUCAAGUUGUAACACAAUGUUGUUGUAUUGGUUGUAAUCGUAAAUAUUUAGAACAAUUCUGUAAUCCAAAUUAAAAAAAUAUUAUUUUUCUCAAAAACAUUUUUUUCUAUUCUAUAAAUAAAAGAAGAAAACGAGAGAAAAAAGGAUCAAGAAAAGAAAAAUUAACUUUAUUUUCAUUGGUUGAG